AUGCUCUGUCUGUGGUCAUCAUCGCGGCUGUUGGGUGUGGCGUGCCGGGGCGUGAGCACAGUCGGCUCGCAGGUGGUGUGGCGGACUCUGGCGCACCGACCGCCAUUCCUUCUGGUCGAUGCAGUGGAGGAGCACGAGAUUGGUGUGGCACUGCGCGGAGUCAAGCACGUGGUGGCUAGCGACGUCGAGGAUGGAGCCGGCGCUGGAGUGCUGUCGGCUGCCAAGACGCUGGAAGGCGCCGGGCAGAGUGCGUGCAUCCUGGUCAAGCACAUCGACGGGCUCGAGGACUCGCUUCCAGUCUUUGCGGGCUUCCAGAACAUCGUCUACCAUCCGAAUGGUAAGCUGCCGCCGCUUGGCUCGACAGUUGUCUAUGACAUUGUCCUGGAGACUAUCAAGGGUGCCCGGUUCGGCCUAGUCUCGGCCACCGUCACCGACGCCGCCGAUCCGGCCACGGUCUACCUCUCGGGCCAGCUCCAGUUUGGGUUUCUCCGGACGUGA